AUGUCAAACUCGCACAAGGCAUUGAACGGCCUUCAAGCUAUAGAAUUGGAUGUUAGAAAAUGCAAUAGAAAGAUAUCAAGCACAACCAGGAGAAGUUUUCUCUCUCGAUUCGUCGUGAUAAUGCUUAGUCAUGGACAUAAUCAUAGACUCCCUGCCCAAAAGUUUGGAUUCCCGGCUAUCAGAGCUCAUACCUGUAGGACUCAGCGUGAGAUCCGUGGCUAUGUAGUGAUAGGUACCAAAAUGAACUAUUGUUUAAAGUAUGACUCUUCACAAAAAUUCCGAGAAGCAUUAAGCUUAAAAUAUAAAGGGACUCAGGGUAUCAGCCUUGACUGA